ACCAGUCAACAUCUCUUAAAAACGUCUCUUCUCAUUUCUCCGAGCCGAUUUUAACUCCGUUUUAUCCUGAAUGCUACCAUGAAAGUGUAUCGGGGUGAUCACGGAAUCAGUGUCGACUCGUUUGAAUCAGUCCGGUAAAAUGAAACUACUAAACUACAAUUACAGUUGAUUUGCAUUCGGGUUUAUUUUAGGUGUCACGUCGAAUUUGAGCUAAUAAAACGUUUUGAAACGCACCUCAGAGCAGUGCUUUGAAUCAGCAGUAUCGCAAAGAUUUGGAUUCAAAUCGCUGUUUCGAGAACAGUUCGAGCGCAAAGCAUGCUGGGACUUGGCUGUCAUGCCGCCGAACACAAACAGAGUUGAGUUCUUCUGACUUAGCUGGGAGUUGUGUUUGUUCUGUUUUUGAGAUUUCAGAGACUGACUGAAAAGCACCAUCAUGUCCGGUGGCAACAAAGCCAUGGAGUUGCAAAUGCAGAUACGUCAAAAUGCAGAGGAUCUUCAUAACUUUAUGAAAGAGCUUGAUAGUUGGGAAGAGGACAUAAAGAAAAAAGAUAAACAGCUUCGUGUAGGAAACCUAGAAGACCUUCAGAAAACUCUUCCACCUGUAAGAAACAAGGAUUACAAGAAGAAGCGCAAGGUCAGAAGUCAAGUCCCUGCUGAGAAUGGUCAAGGGGAGGAGAAGCCAGUACAAAGAAUAAAAUCCUCCGACUACAAAUCUUGGGACAAAUUCGACGUGGAGAAUGCUCUUGAGGCACUGGACAAAGACAUCAGCCCAGCUGAAUCUAAUGACUCAGACUCUGAGGAAGUGCAAGUGGACAGAGAUUUAGCCAUGAAUGAGAAAGAGAAGGGCAACAAGUUUUUCAAAGAUGGAAAGUAUAAUGAUGCCAUUGAGUGCUAUACCAAAGGCAUGAGUGCAGACCCAUACAGCCCCGUUCUGCCCACAAACCGAGCAACCUGCUUCUUCAGACUUAAAAAGUAUGCUGUUGCAGAGUCAGACUGUAACCUGGCCAUAGCACUGGACAGCAAAUACCUUAAAGCUUACAGCCGAAGAGGAGCUGCACGUUUUGCUCUAAAAAACCAUCAAGGUGCUCUAGAAGAUUAUGAAAUGGUUCUGAAGUUGGAUCCUGAGAACCUUGAUGCUCAGAACGAGAUAAAGAAACUGAAUCAGGUUUUAGGAUCCCAAAAGCAGGAUGAAGGGCAGACUGAGAAGACAGUGGCUGAGGUGCCACUUAUUGAGGCUGUAAAACCAAAACAGCUGGAUACGGAACAGCAGAAAAGACAAGAGGCAGUGGUGCAAAAAGACUUGGGCAAUGCUUACUUUAAAGAAGGAAAAUACGAGGUAGCUGUGGAGUGCUACACUAAAGGCAUGGAGGCCGAUGCCACAAAUGUUCUGCUUGCUGCAAACAGGGCCAUGGCAAACCUCAAACUUGAGAGGUAUGCUGAGGCUGAAGAAGACUGCACCAAAGCAAUUGCUCUGGAUAACACCUACUCAAAAGCUUUUGCUCGACGUGGCACAGCCAGACUGGCUCUGGGAAGGCUUUCUGAAGCCAAAGCAGAUUUUGAGCAGCUUCUGAAGCUGGAACCAGGAAACAAGCAAGCGAUGAACGAGCUCAAAAAACUUAACAUGGAGAUGAUGCCUACUGGGCUGCAACAAGCAGAUGAUAUACCAAGAAGAACAGUUCAGCCAAUCGACAAACCAGAACACCUCAGAUCCACAAAGCCAAUGAGAAGAAUAGAGAUUGAGGAAGUUGGUGGAAAGCUCACGUCUAUAGCCGAACCUCAGAGUCUCACUGCCAAGGCAAGCUCUUCAAGGUCUGAGACAUUAUCCAGCUCAUCAGAUAGAGGGAGGAAAUGUGAGGCCUCUCCAUGCUUAUCCUUCCCUUUUGCUAAGAUCCAGAAGAUAGAGGAACUAUCACAGCCUCCAUCAGAACGACCAGCCAAAGACCCAGAUGGAGAAUUCUUUGGAAAACAAAACGUAUUGCACAAAAAGGAAACCGUGCCUGGUAAAACAGACCAAUCAUUACCUGCCUCUUCAGUCCAGGUUGAAGUGAUUCCGCCACCCCCCAUUUACAGCUUCCAGCUAGAAGUAGAUCUAAGGAGGCUCAGUAAUCACCCUGAACUUGCCUACCAGUAUUUAAAGCAAAUUCAGCCUGAUGCUUUUCAAACGAUUUUCCAAGACUUUCUGGAGCCUGAGCUACUUAACAAGAUAUUGAAAGUGCUUCAUAGAUUUUACAUCAAAAAUGAGGACCCAUCAGUCAUAUUGGCCAUCCUGAAAAGCUUGUCAAGUGCGGGAAGAUUUGACAUAGCUGUUAUGCUUAUGUCGUCCGCUGAAAAGCAAGUGUUACAGGAGCUGUUUCAGUGCAUUUCACAUGCUGGACUGGAAGACGAUUCAGUCCAAGCCCUAAAGAAGAAAUAUGGAGUAUAACAUCUACAUUGUGGAGGGACAGAGGAGACAAACUGUACAAUAUUAGUGGCUGUUUUUGAAAAGCUUGUACUCCAAACAAGUCUGUUAUUGUUAAAUCAUGAAUGUUUGAGUGAUCUUUUUACCUCGUCUAGAGUUAAAUUAAUUAAACAUGUUGUAAAGUGAUUGAUUUUUUUUGUCCCCCUUUUAAUUUUUUGGCUUCCAUGAAACUUUAUUCAUUUCUUUUUUUUUUAAAUAAUAUAUAAACAACCAAGUUUGUUCAUCACAAUUUAGCUAUUUUAUGUCCAGAUUGAUACUAUUGAGGGAAUAAAACUCCAAGUUAACUCUCUCUUCUUCAGCAAUGAUAUCCUCUACUUGGUCAUAAUGUAAUCAUUAUACCAAACUGUAUAAUGCUUGCGAACACCAGUGUUGGCAGCAUCUCCACUCGUUCCGCCGUGGACGAAUAUUUUUCUGCAAAAUAAACAUGCAACAUUCA